AUGGCGUCGCAGGGGAACUCCACCGAUACUCUUUUCUCUCCUUAUAAGAUGGGCAGAUUCAGUCUCUCUCAUCGAGUGGUUCUGGCGCCGAUGACACGGUGCCGGGCUAUGAACGGCGUUCCAAACGCAGCGUUGGGGGAAUAUUACGCUCAACGUACCACUCCCGGCGGUUUUCUCAUCUCCGAAGGCACCAUGGUCUCACCCGGAUCUGCAGGGUAA